ACAUUUUCUUUUAGCUGGCAAAAGCUUAGCGAGAGACAAGCAACAACUACUGUAAAAGCUAACCAUUGAACAGAAUAUUUUAUGAAUAAUAACAAUGGAAAUAUGAUUGAUUAGAUAUACUUAUAUAAUAAGGUGAAUGAAAAAUUAAAUUUAAAAAAUUAAUAUUGCGCCUCAAGCAUAGUAUAAGGAGAUGCCUGCGACAAUGACUGCUGUCAUUAUUUUUUAAAAUCCAUAAAUGUGCGCGUGACAAUACCAACGGAAAUAGCGACAAGUUAACCAUAUCUAUGAAUAUAACUUUCAAUAAACAACAACAACAGCAAAUAAUUCACAUUUUGAAUUCACAUUCAUUUAGACCCAACUAACCGCAUCAACGGCACCCAGUCAAGCGCGACUACACACGCUGACAAGAGUGAGCAAAGUAGUGUGUGCGAUGUAAAGCACAAUGCUUGCAGGCAAAAGCUAUUGAAAACUAAUAAGUGCUCACAUACAUACGUACGUACGUAAGUGCAUAUAUUUGUGCCAUUUAUUUAAAUAACAUAAGUGUAGGGAUAUCACAAUAAUUACAUAUUUACAAAGUUAAACAAAAACAAUAAAAUAAUAAAUAAAUAAAUGAAACGUUAAAAAUGUAGCAUUCGAAAUGUGUAAUCAAAAAGUUAAUAUCCCAAAGAUUCUCCUUCGAUUUGUGUUUGUGAGUGUAUGCAACAUUAGCUUUGCGCCGCGUCGCUGAAUCGAGCUGGAAUAACUUAAUGAACUCUAACCACAAAUGGCUGCUCCAGGCAGCCAAAGAACAUUUAAUUAAAAAUUUCCUAGCCUAAUAGCAGCAUAAAGGCACAUUAAUGAAAAUGCGUAUACUGGAUGCAUGAAUCAGUCAAUAAACAAACACAAAGAGAGGAGCGCUUUCAUCUACAAAAAAAUAAAUCAUAGCUUACUGAACGCAAGUCCAAUAUUACAUACCAAUAUUUACAUAAAGACACAUAUAUACGGAUGCAUAUACACACUCUCGGUUGUAUGGCUUAGCGUUUGGUGCUGCAGCAUUUGUGACACCACGCUUCUCCCAGCCGCGCAACAGCAAUAUAGUGGGCAUCCUUGAUCUUAAUUUUUGAACGCCAAUCAACAUGGGUAGCUUACCGAAUUUGCACGAGUUGGAGGAAAUAGAACGCCGACGUGAGAAACGCCGUGAACGCGAGCAACGUGAGCAGCUACGAGAGCAACGAGCACGUGAUUCAAGCCGUGAGCGUGAGCGUAUGGCGUUAUUUGCACAGCGCAAGCAAAAUUCCUACAAUGCUUACCUGAUGGCAGGUUUGGGUAUGGGUGGUGGAACACUUGGCAUGGCUGCUGCCGUCGGAGCUUCCCAUCUCACAGGCACAGCCGCAGCAACUGGUGUUCUCGGCGUUGGCGCCAAUACAUCAGCCACAACGGCAACGACAACUUUGGGUGGCUUUGCCGUGGGUGGCGCAGCGCUGCUGGGCUUAGGUACGCCGGCACUGCUAACGAAACACCAUCAUCAACACCAUCAACAUCAUCGACAUUCGCUGACAACACGACAUCGAGUGCUACGCACAAGAAGUUCGGGAGCGACACACAAUAUUUGGGAUGAACAAUUGAUGGAGCACCUCGCUGCGUACUCACCAAUUUCUACACGUUCACACCGUAUCAAUCCGGUGUCAUCAUAUCAGGUGCAAGCCGCAUUGGCUGCCUCUCGUCGCCGUGAGUCCAUCAACAGUUCCAUUGGUGCUGCAUCGAUACGACGCCUUAUUACGCUUAAUAACCGCAACUGCCGUCAUAAGAUACCGCCACACGUGAGACAUAAGGUGUGUCAGAGCUUCAUCUGUAUAGCGGUGGCGCAUGGCUUGAUAUGCGGCGUAUUAUUGCCGCUCUUCGCGCUACAAGGUUCCAACUCGGUCUGGCAUCAACGCGAACAGUGGGUACAUGUGGGACCCAAUAUCGGCUCACUGCUAUUGAGCGGUUGCUUUUUAAUCUCCGCCGUUAUGUGCCUAUUUACCAAACGCCUUAUACAGAAGUACGGUUAUACAACAGUGAUUGGCGCCAGUUACGUAGCGACGAGCAUCUUCCUCUUAUGCCAUCUCUUUCCCUCCAUCUUUACGCUACUGCCGGCUUACAUACUGCUCGGUGUCACAUAUAGCCCUUCAUGGAUUAGCAAAAUAGCGCUUGUGGUGCACUUUGGCAGCAAGCUGAGUUGUUCCCAACACGAAUGCAUGCUGAGUUCAUCGCAUGCCACAGAUGUGAUGGACGAACAUAAACUCUUCUGUAAUCGCGAUCAAAAGGUACGCCGUCUAGCGCGUUGGUUUCAGGUGGCACAAGAUCUGGGCAUCAUACUAGGCGCGCUCUUGGCAUCAUUCACUUUGGCUUGUAGUUCCAGCGAUUGGAAUUGCUUCGAUAGUGGCGAAACAGUGGCAAUGGAGACACAAGGUACUUUACUUCCCGACGAGAACCUCACAGAAACAAUUGUCAAAGCAGUGGCACUGCGUUCACAUUCGCACACUAUGACUGGAUUCUUGCCCAAUAUACCGGGUUACUAUGACGAUUUUUACUAUCAUAAUGAGCAUGGCGAGAGAAUUUGUGGUGCCGAUAUGUGCCCCGUUUGGCACCAGGAUAAUACCUUCGACGACACGAGCAACGGCACCAACGAAACCAUUUACACGCAAUUCAUCAAUGAAAGAUCAACUGGUGGCGGUAUAACGCUAAUAAGCGUCUACUUUUUCUUCACGCUGGCAGCAGCGGCUUUAUCCUUCUUUGGCGGACGUAUAACAGGCACAUUCCGACGCGAGGUGCAUAUUAAAGGCGUAACGGAUACGUUACUGUUCGCCGGACCGAUGGCUUAUUUCGUGGGCACCGAACAGGCCUAUAUGCUGGGCGACUUUUUACGGGCGUUUGUCUCGUGCUCUUUGGGUAUAAGCAUGGUGGCCGGUGCUUUAGUCGGAAUGGGUCUCAUGCAGUGCAUUGUUUCUUGCACGUUGAGCAUGCUACUGCGCCACACCAAACGUAUCGUAGUUAUCUUGGCAGGUUUCUUCUUUCAAUCGUGUCUGUUGCUUGCAUUAUCCAGCUGGAAACCGUCGAGCGAUGACAUGGCGCUAUUCUAUGUGCUAGCUGCCUCUUGGGGCGCAUGUAAUGGUAUGUGGGAAACACUGCUAAUGGCCUUAAUCACGCUGAAUCACGCCAAUCACGUUACGGAUGUCACUAGUCCCCUGCAGGCACUGCGAUUUCUUGGACUGGGUGUCACUUUCGCAGCGCAUGGUUUGAUGUGUGAGACACCGAAGAUUAUCACCAUGGUUAUAAUGCUCGUGUUGAGUUUACCGGCCUAUGCAAUGCUGGAAAUCAGACUGGAGGCUCAACGUAAAUCGCAAUUGGUCAAUUUAUGACGUAGCGUCUUCAGUUAGUCAAAAAGGCAAGACGCCAUGGCACGAACACAUACGAUGUGAAGAAGUUGCCGCAUAUGUCAUGGAUGUCAAGGAUCAUACAGUAAGAGUUAAACAGUAUUAAUUUUAAGCCUGCUAGAAAGAAAAACAAGUUAUUUUUUACAAGUUAUAGACAGCACUCGACGUAACGUGGUGCGUGGUGCGGUAGCAUACACGGCGCGCAACAUUAAACUUAGUGUAAUUAGUAGUUAUCUACAUAUAUCCAGUUGCAUUGUAUUUGUAUUGUAAGUAGGUUUAACGGUAGCAUAAGCUGUAUGUAUAUUUGUAUAUGGCGUUUUAAUGUGCAACGCGGCAACCCUUAGUCGAAGAUCAAGUAUGUAAGCAUGACUGUGUUGUUUGAUUCGUCGAAUAAUCAAUUCUUUUUUAUUCGUCAGUUAGUAUGUGUUUGCACAUACCAAUUAUAUAUAAAUAUACACAUAAUACAUACAUACAUAUAUCAAUAUUUACACUUUUAUAUUGGCUAAUUUAAACAGACAUAAACAAACGCUUACACAAAAAAAGGAAACUAGUAAACGACAGCAGCAAACAAUAUCGCUGAAAAAUAAUAAUUAUUGAAGCUUUAAAAAGAAACAUAGUGUAACCUCGAGUUGACAACACAAAGGUUUUUGUAAUAUUUUUCAUAUUCUGAAGAGCAUGCAAUUCUCGACUUUUCGGCAAUCAGCCAUUCCUGAAUUUAAGAAUUAAAAAAAAUUGAAAAUAACCUUUAGAAAGUAUUUCUUAUUGAUUUUGUUGUACACUUUUAAAAGCUUUUUAUUGUAUAUCAUUCCAAAAAUAUUAUUUGUCUGAUAGAGAGAUCGCCAAAGAAAAAAUCGUAAAGUUUCACGACAUUUCAUGCAAACGUUAAUAUGGCCAAAGACUUUUCACUCCAUGUUUUAUAAAUAAGCUUAGAAAGAAAAUGAGUACCAAAUCUGUACCAACGUGCUCUAUAGCACUGAAUGUAAAUUUAAAAUAAGUGUAAUUUCACUUAUAUGGGUGUAAUACAUAUUCUGCCCUAAAUUUCAUUCAAAUGAGAUUUGAGAUUUUUGCUUCAAGUGAAUGUUGUCGGACCCAUUGUCUAAUUUUUUACCUAAACCUGCCGGAAAAUUUAAUCUUUUUCGUCAUUCUGAUCAUUCGGUUAACUUGAAAUACAGAUCGAUUAAUUUGAGAUGUUACAAACAACCGUUAGGCGUUCGGCGCUCUAAGCUAGUUAGUGAGAGUCUAACAUCUUUAUCAGUAUCUUCAAACUACUUUGAAAUCCGACUUGUAUGGGUACCGGUCAAUGCGAAUUCGUUGGAAACUGCAAAGCGGACCAGCUUGUAAGAGAGUGUACCCUAGAAACAUUGAUGUCGGAGUGAGAGCGGGUGGGUAGUCCGUGGCCAACUUGCGCUGGAGCGCUGGACAUAUUGACUUCGAGUGAGAUCGCCAAACGCUGGACAACAACCAGCAUCUGUGCAGUAGCGAGGUUCUUCUGGCCAGCGGUGGACGAAAACGGUCCUUCCAGCUGCUGUCGCUUAGGAAUGCAUCAAGCCAGACGCUAGCUGCCAAAGUUGUUUAGAGGAAUACGAAGAGAAAUCAUAAAAUCACUUUCUCCUUCAAUAUCCAACAUACGCCAGAAUAAGGUUAAAACACUUCGGAAGGCACAUCUUCGGCGACCUCGACCUAACCUAACAAAACUAUUAAAAUCUACUUAAACGAAUAAAGCUCUUUCAGGCAUUUAAUAUCAUUGUAUUUUUACAUCCCAUUGAAAAUUAACUAUAGAAUCGACUUCGACCAUAGAGAUUUUAGAUGAUAAAGAUCCAAGCUCUAAUAUAUUUGUAAACUUCUGAAUUUUCACACCUUUCCUAUGUACUACAAUACCAGCAUGCUGUCAAUUCAAACACGAUAUAAAUCUGAUUUAAAAUCAACAUAAUUUUUGUAUGAUUACAACGACAUAUCUAUGUUGAGAUUAACUUAAAUAAUCUUUAAAAAUAAUUAUAUAAAUCAAAUAUUAAACAAAAAUGAAUUAUUAAUAAAUAUUAUAUAAAUCGUUCUUUGUAAUUAAAGUAUUUGAACUAAAUACAAAUACUAAGAUAUCUCAAAGUUGCACGACGAUGUUACAAGAAAUAAAAUAUAUAAUUAUAAACAAAGUAUUUAAAAUGGCAUCUAAUGUUAAAUAUAAAUAAUAAUUAAAUGGUAACAGUAAAUUAAAUCACAUGCUAGCGAUUCUAUAAAAUUAUUAUUAAUUUUAAAACAAUAAACUGGAACACAUCCCAUUCGAUUACAUUAUAUUAGGUAAUUAAUUAAUUAUUGCAACCUCUUUUUAAUAUCAUUUAAUAUUGUUACGGACUGCAAUUAAACAAAUAAAAUCUUUACAAGCGAGUACUUAUUUUACACAUUUUCCACUUUUAUCUCACACUUUAUUUUACAGAAUGCACGCUAUAUGGAACUACAUUUGAAAAAGAGAUAAAUAUACAGUUCAUUAACAUAGAACAGAUUGUAAUAUAAAUUAUUAGAAACAACGAGGCACAUUAUAACUUAAAGAAUCAAAAAAAAUCCUAGAGGAUUCCCUUGUCAUUAUUUAUUUCUAUUAUGUUGAAUAAUACUGACUUGUGUCUGUUAAAAAAACGUUUUCAACUAAAUCUAAUUUUCAUCUUAUUCGUAAAUCAAUUUUUUCAGUUAAAAUUCAGAUAAUAUUUAUGACACUAAGGGCAAAGGAUUCACAAAAAUUAACAUAAGGAUAAAGAUGUGAAUGAAUAUGAUUUGAUAAUUUUUGAAUUAUGCCGUUUUUGUAUUUAAUGUGGCGUAUCAAUAAAUAUUAAUCAUAUUAAUUUCUAUAUACAUAGUAUAUUUCAUCAUUUUUUAAAUUAAUUUAAUGUAUAAUUUUUCAACAAAAAAACAUGGGAAACCAGGGAUAGUUCGUGAACUCAGCAACUUUUAGUUUAAAUUUCACAUCUCAAAAACGCCUUUGGCCUAGUCGCUAUUGAUGGAUUAUCCCUUUUCAAUAUAGUCGAUAAAAAUACUACAUGUGCAUCCUACAUUAUAUAUGUCUUAACUUUGUCAGUUAGGUCAGGCUAGGUCAAUUUACCUCCUCAUCUACAGAGAACCUCACUUAGACAGCAUCGACUGUCCUUUGUGACACCCAAAUAGUCCUGACGGAUCGAUAAAGCGCUUGUACUCUGCUAUAAAGUUCUUAAAUCAGUUAAUGUCGUUCCCAGUCACUUCACUGAGUUCGCCUUUAUCAAUUGACUGUUUCGUCUUUAUAGAAGUCGAAGGGCACUUGAUACCACAAUCCGUCUCUACAGUUUCAACAAUUUCGAUCAACUUGUAUUGAUUUUUUUUCUGCUUCUACAUAACAAUUAGUUUUCAUAAUGAUUUGUUGAACUUUUUUUUAUACUCUCGCAACAAAAGUUGCUAAAGAGAGUAUUAUAGUUUUGUUCACCUAACGGUUGUUUGUAAGUCAUAAAACUAAACGAGUUAGAUAUAGGGUUAUAUAUAUCAAAAUGAUCAAGGUGACGAGACGAGUCAAAAUCCGAAUGUCUGUCCGUUCGUCCGUCCGUCCGUCUGUCCGUGCAACGGAUAACUUGAGUAAAAAUUGAGAUAUCUUAACGAAACUUGGAACACGUAUUCCUUGGCACCCUGAGGAGGUUGCUUUCGAAAAUGGGCAAGAUCGGACCAUUGCCACGCCCACAAAAUGGCGAAAACCAAAAACUUAUAAAGUGUUAUAACUAAGCCAUAAAUAAAGUUAUGAAAAAAUUUGGAGCAUAGGAUCGUAUUAGGGAGGGGCACAUUUGGAUGUAAUUUUUUUGGAAAAGUGGGCGUGACCCCGCCUCAAAUAGGUUUUUUGUAUAUAACUCGCAAACCAAUAAAGCUAUAUAAACCAAACUUUCUGCAGUCGUGUCUUUCAGCCGUUUCCUUAUACAGUCCAAAAAUGAAAGAAAUCGGAUAAUAACCACGCCCACCUCCCAUACAAAAGUUAGGUUGAAAAUGACUAAAAGUGGGUUAACUCACUAACGAGAAACGUCAGAAACACUAAAUUUUACAUAAGAAAUAGCAGAAGGAAGCUGCACUCAGAUUUUUUUACAAAAUGAAAAAUGGGCGUGGCAUCUCCCACUUAUGGGUCAAAAACCAUUUCUUCGACCGAUUUCAAUGAAAUUCCUUAUAUAAUACUUUCUUGACACCCUGUGAAAAAUGGAUGAAAUUGGUUCAUAACCACGACAACUUCCCAUAUAACUCAAUUUUGAAUUCCGUCUGAUUCCUUCACUUUAUAAUGUAUACAUAAGGAACCAAUGAAGAUAGCGGAAUAAAACUUUACACAAAUAGUACAUAUCAUCUCUGGCUUCACUUGUGAAAAAAUUGUCGAAAACGGACUAUAACUUUUCAAGUCCCCAGAUAUCGGACAUAUUGAACUGAGCGCCUAAGGGUAAAUUUUAACCGAAAAUAUUGGUAAAUCUCUUAGAUAAUUUAAUGUAAUUCAGAGGAAAUUGUUUUCUUCUAAUAGUGUGUCUCUGUUCCAAAAAUUAUUAAAAUCGGAUAAUAACAUCUCCUAGCUCCCAUGUACCUAAUUAUAGGUUUUUCAAAAAUACGGUGGGCUUUAAUCUGCAUAUAUGUAUUGGUUAAUAUGUGAGAUACUAUAUCUUUGCGAAAUUAAGUGCGUGUAUAGUUUUGGAUAUAGUGUACCUAGCUGGGGAAAAUGAAUGAAAUCGGUUCAGGAAUUACCUCAGCCCUCAUACACUAUAUAGGACGAUUUUCGUUAUUCUAUUAAACUUUGUGCCGAAUUUAUAGGUAAAUUUGGGUGUUAUCUUAUUAAAAUUUGUUCAAUAAAUUGCGAGAGUAUAAAAUGUUCGGUUGCACCCGAACUUAGCCUUUCCUUACUUGUUUUUAAUUGAAAAUCAUUGCAAUUGUUUAAAGUAAAAUACAUGCAUAUUUCUCGCGGUGUAUUGCUUCUCAAUUUACCGGGUAGCUCAAGAACACAAUUAAAUAAAAUGCUCUUCAGGUUAUGUUUUCAAAAAUAAAAUAUUAAUUUGUAUAUAUGUAUGUAUAUAUUUACAGUUUUAAUCUGCGUUUAUGACAAACCAUUUUCUUUGUUUCAAUACAGCAUUAUCCGAUUCUUUUACACAGAUUCAAAUUUACAAAAAUUAAUAAAAGACGGUAAAAGUUAUAUUAUAAAUACAUACACUUACAUAUGUAUAUAAAUAAAUAUUUAUAAAUAAAAAACCAGUUGGUGAAUUUAAAUUGAAGAUUUUAUUAAAACACACCCUUUACACGCAGCACACUAAUACAUAUACAGAUAUAUGUAAAUAUGUAAACCCAUAAGUAUUAGCAUCAAUUUUGUACACUUAAAUACCCGAAACGAUUACACGUGUACACGAAAAUAGCACAAUAAUUGUAAAUGUUUUUUUUUUUUUUUUAUUUAUUUAUAAAAGCUUAUACAAAGUUAAUACUAUAUGUAUAACCUAAGGCAUGCAGCGCUAGCUACAAAGGCUAUCAGCUGAAUUGUAAAUGUUAUUCCAGCAACUUUGAUGGAAAUAAAAGUUAUUUUAAGCAAACAUUCAAAAAGUCUAAUGGCAAUGUUAACAUUUUGUGCAAAAAUUAUAGUAAAUAAAUAGUAAGUUUAUACAAGUGCAAAUGCUUCUUAUAUGCAAUUACACAUAAGAAAUACAUACAUACUAAAUGCGUAUGAAUGUGCAUGUAUUGGUGUAAAUGUAUUUAUAAUUAUUUAGAAAUAUGUAUGUAAUUAAGAAUUUUAUAAAUAUCACAUAUGCAUGUAUGUAUAUAUGUAUGUGUUGGUAAUUUAAUAGCCCGUUACGCUCGUGUGCAUAUAUACUUACAUAGUUAUGUAUGGAAGUUUAUUGCUAUGUAACCACAUCGUUAAGUAUGUAAGUGCAUUUGUGUGCUUGCAAGUAUGUAAGCAUGCGAUAAAAGGCCAUAAAAUCGUGUCUUUAAUUAAAUGAAUAUAUGCUAGUGAAAUUCUGUUCUACCGCCACUGUUAGACCAAUUAGAGACUAAUUGUAACUCAUAUUAC